UCCACUCCCCAGUCAAGGUGCGGCAGAGGAACAGGUGCGCAACGACGGAGAGACUUUUCAAACUUUGUGCUAUUAUUCAGCUUUCAAAACGCAAAGGACAUUUUAAAUAUUAAUCAAAGAAGGACCUAACUUUGUAAAGAAGCGUCAGAUUUAAUUUGCUGGGUUUUAAAGGAGUAAAUUCAGUUUCGCAGCAGGUGGAAAUCGUUUUUUUUGUUGUUGCUGUUGUUCAUUUAAAGCCGGUGGGAGAUAAAAAAAAGAGAAAAACGAGAUGGCCAACUCGAGUCUACAGAUGCUGGGCUUCGCUCUGGCUCUCCUGGGUGUCAUUGGAUUGAUAAUUGGCACCAUUCUGCCUCAGUGGAAGAUGUCCGCUUUUGUAGGCUCUAACAUCAUCACAGCGGUGUCCAUGUAUGAAGGACUGUGGAUGUCCUGCGCGUUUCAGAGCACAGGCCAGAUCCAGUGCAAAGUCUACGACUCUAUGCUGGAGCUCAACAGUGCCCUUCAAGCAGCACGAGCUCUCAUGAUUGUGAGCAUAAUUGUUGUCCUAGCUGGGCUGGGUGCAUCCACUAUGGGAAUGAAAUGCACAAACUGUGGUGGAGAUGACAAGAGCAAGAAGGCGCGCACCGCUAUGAUUGGUGGCAUCAUUAUCUUGAUUGGAGCUUUGUGUAGCAUGGUCGCCUGUUCCUGGUAUGCUCACGACAUUGUCCGAGCUUUCUAUGAUCCUUUCACUCCUGUCAACACAAGGUAUGAGUUUGGCUCUGCCAUCUUCAUCGCCUGGGCUGGAUGCUUUUUGGCUAUAAUCGGAGGUGCUAUGUUGGCAGCAUCAUGCCCAAAAUCGGAAAAAAUGUCUCCAAAGUAUCCCAUGACAAGUAGGGCCACAAGCAGCAACAGAGAUUAUGUUUGAACAGAAGAAACUGUUACUGUGUGAAGGAACAUUUUAAUAUUCACCCUGAAUCCAUCUGGAAAAAUACAAAAACAUAUUGAUUAACAGCUUUUUAUUAUAUUGCCUUUUAGUUUCUGCAGGACUACCUUAAUGUUACUUUAUUUGAUCAAACUCUGAAGGUUUGUCUUUUUUUUUAUAAGCCGGCUGUUCACUUCAGAGUAUACUGGUCUUGCCCUGUUUAAAACUGCAGUCUGUGCUUUACGUGUACCUUGUGUAUAUGUUGACAGAUUUAAAGCAUUAAGUUAUGGAGAGGCUUAUUAAAGGCAGUACUUUUAAUAUGCAGUACAUUUGAAUAGACUGUUGGGCAACAGCUAUUCUUCAGUAAGGUGUUUCUUUUUUUUUUUUUUUUUAGAUCAGUAAUUCUUGAUCGUUUUAUAUGCAUUAGUUGAGAUUUUAAUAAAAACACAUCAGACUCA